UCUCUUCAUGCCACUCAUGGCCUCGGCAUUUAUCUGGGGGCUUCUUAUUAUUUUCUUGUUCUCAGACCAUGUGAUACAAGCUGAAGAUGUGAGGGGCACUUCUGGCCAAACUAUGACCUUACCCUGCGCAUACUCUGUUAGUGGAGAAGCGUCACCCAUGUGCUGGGGCAGGGGUGGCUGCCCAGUGUUCAGCUGUGACGAUGUGAUCAUCAGGACUGAUGGCAGGAAGGUGACCCAAAGGCAGUCCGAGAGAUACCGGUUACUGGGGGACAUGGCAAAGGGGAACGUGUCCCUGACCAUCCAUGGGGUGACCACCAGUGACACAGGAAUCUACUGCUGCCGUGUGGAGAUACCGGGAAUAUUCAAUGAUAUGAAGAAGGACAUAACGGUGGAGAUCCAGGAAGUUCCCAGCCUUUCAACAGCGAUUCCUACAACAGCUCUUCAAGAAAACGGCUCGUAUUCCCCUAAAGAAAACCUGGUAUGA